UUGGGCCAAGGAAGCGUGAUUAUUUGGUGAUCCGGAUACGAGGAUUUUCUUGAGGGCAGCAGGCUUACGCUACUCUACUCGUUCAAACAACAUUUUCUCUCUAAAAACGAAAGUUCCGGGCAUUUCAGUGUUGUUUAGUUCUUUUGAUAAUCAACCAAAAUAUCUUAAAAACUGGCGAUCUUCACAAGAAAUUCCAAACAAAAUUCUUUCUAUAGCUUAAUAGUAUAGAGUAGAAAAUACAGUCGUGCAAAUUUGACCCCUUUUUAUGGAAUUAUUGCCAAGUGAAAAAAAAACAUUCGAUCUUAACUUUCAAGUCUGAAUAACUAUUUACAUCCGGUCCUUUCAGUAUUUUAUUGGAGACAUUGGUUUACUAAUUUUUUCUUUCACACUGAUUUGACACGAUACUCAAGUCCAUCACGAAAGCCGAAACUUGAUACUCUGUGCAAGGUUUGUUCUGCUUUCUCAGGUCAUGUUUAUUCAUCAGACUGAGUGAAAAGGUCCAAACUGAGCCUUUUUAAAAGUCCAAUCGUACCAAGAGGCUAGCUUUGCCCUUAAGUCAUUGGAUGUGGUGAUUCUGUCGAGUUGGUUUACCUUCUGCUCAAAGAUGACCGCAAAAAGCGUUCUACCAAGCGAUUUCUUGGUGGCUGUCUUGAUUGUAGUACUUGCUUUGCGAGUCUCUGGACAGAAAUGGGAAACUCAGGUUUGUCCGAAAGUUGAAAACUACCUGUCACAAGAACAAUGCCCAGUGGUAGGAGUGCCUAAUGAGUGCCCAUCUACAUGUCCCGGCAGAACGAAAUGCUGUCCGACUCCAGACACAUGUGGUGUACGCUGCACGCGUAAGGUUGCUAGACUUGAAUGUCCAGUCCCGGUCGACAUAGCUUUGCUUUUAGAUUCCUCUGGAAGCAUUGGUGGUCCAAACUGGAUAAAAGUUCUAGAUGCAGCCAAGAACCUCGUAGAUUCAUACGACGUGUCUGAAAAAGGAAGCCACUUCGGAUUGAUAUCAUACAGCACAAAAGUUUCACUUGAUAUUGGUUUUAAGUCAUUCACAGGUGUUAAUCGUAAUGCUGUCAAUAUGAAGAGAGUCAUCGACACCCUUCCAUUACUGGGUGAACAAACAUAUAUUGACAAAGCCUUUAAGCUCGCUAACGAGGAACUUUUUGACGAAAACAAAGGGAUGAGAAAGAACAUUAAAAAAAUAUGUAUCUUAAUGACAGAUGGUAUACAAACACAAAAGGAAAAUGAUACUCGGUAUCCGGAGGCACAGGCAGCACUUUUAAAGGAGAAAGGAGUAGAGGUGUUUGCUGUUGGAGUUGGAAAAGACAUUGAAGUGUUUCAACUAAUUGAGAUAUCUAAUGGUGAUGGAUAUGUCUUCAAAACAGACUCCUUUGACCAAUUAAGUGGAAAAUUGCAAGAAAUUCAAAAAAAACAAUGCAAAGGGUGUGAUACGUCAUUGGACUUGGUGCUUGGUAUUCCAAAUUCCAUGUCUCUGGGCCUGGAAAUAAAUGAUGUCAAAGAGGCCAUGUCCAAGUUUGUGAGCCUGUUUCAAGUCAGCAACAUCAACGCUCAUAUAGGAGUCGUGUCUUACAACCAACAAGCUAUCCUAGAACUUCCUCUAAACCGUGUCUACAGUAAACCAGAAUUGCAACAAUUUAUAAGAACCAUGAAACCAAACCAGGCAAAUGGCUUUAACACCGCUGCAGCCUUGAGAGUAGCAGCUGAUCAUGCGUUUAGCAUCUACGGGGGAGUCAGACAGUCUCAGCCAAAAGUUAUGGUGCUUUUUGUUCCUCGUGCCUCGACAAGCAUAAGAGAAGAAAUUAAAGCAGCAGCUACUAAGCUAAAGGGAAUGGGAGUAAGACUUAUGGUUGUUGGCAUCCAGAACACUGCGGACAAGGCUACGUAUUCUUCAUUGGUGACGCAGCCUCAACAAAACUUCUUAAUUAACAAAGACGAUUAUAAUGAUCUGUCAGAUGGUUUAUACAAAAUGGCUGAAACAGUUUGUAAAGCUAAAUACCGUAAAUGUCCUCCACCUGGUCUACCAUCAGCUGAAGUCAGUCCAGACAAUCUGUAUAAAUGUACACACGACCAAGAUUGCAAUGAGGAAGAAGGAUUAUGUUGUGUCAGCGGUAAUGCUGGCACAGAAUGCCGAAGAGGCAUAAAAACGCACACAGUUACUUCGCAUAUCUACAUCGAGCGAUUCCCGCAUAUCACAACCGCGUAUAUGGUACUUGAAGAGGAACAUACUUAUGAAUGUCUUAUGUGUUUCUUGUCAUUUACCAAUCAGUCAGUGUCUAAAGACCUAGAUUUGCUCGAUGUCCAACGUAUUGCUAUUGGCAUAAAAAGUGGUUCAGAUAUGACGUUCCUUCAAGAACUUGCGAGCGAAAAUAACCUGGCUUUCUCAGUCGCAUCUAGCAAUCAGCUACCAGCAGUACUUCAAAGAAUUCAACCCUUUUUAUGCAAAGAAAAGCCAGGAAAGUGUCCACCAGCCAAUAUUCCAGAUCCAACUGUUUGUAGAAGACCGCCUGAUCCUCGAUUAAUCCUAUGUGGAAGGUCUGCUAAUAAACCAAGGCAGAGCCAGCAGCAGAAUGAUUGGGAUUGCCCUGGGGAAGACAAAUGCUGCGCAGACUCCACAGGAUGUCGUUCUGUGUGUACUUAUCCUAACAUAGUUUGCGGAAAGAAUAGAGACAUCGCUAUCCUCAUGGAGAAUACCAAUCUGAUAGGUGGUGAACGGGCGYUUGAACUYGUAAAGUCCUUCACCGCAGAGCUUGCUGRCGCAUUUUCAGUGUCAAGAGGAUCUACACAUGYUGCUAUUGCAAMUUACAGAAGUAGUCCUCGCAUUGUAAUGUCUUUUUCUGACAGUGCAGCACAAAAUAGAGACGAAGCCCUAAAAAGGAUAAGAAAUAUUAAAUUUGGUGGCGGUAACACUGGAUCAACGAGUGCUGCUCUAGAGACAGCUGUUAAGUUAUUCAAAUCAGAAUAUGGUGCUCGGGACAAUAUGAACCAGACUUUGGUUUUGAUUGGCUCGUUUGAUGUCAGACAAAUGGAAAAAGCUGCCGCUUUGGCCAAUAGCUUACGCUCAAAUCUAGUUGAUGUUUUUGCUGUUUCCAUUGGAGAAAAAGCUAACUAUCCGGCAUUAAGAAGUAUCGUAUCUAAAGAAGUUGCCAAGAACGUCUUUACAGCAACGUCAGCCGACGCGAUGAAGGCGCAACUAAGACAACUAGUAAAGACAAUAUGUGAUGGAGGUAAGUCAACUUCUAAUCACGUUAACAUAUCAAACUUUAUGGUCAAAUUGGGACUACUUGUACCUGGCAGCUCCAUUUUCUUUAACGUGUUCUUUUAAUCUCAUGCUCAUUGGUAAAUGCAUUGAUAGCGAUUAAAGCAAACAAUAAAUGUUCUCCAUGCACAAUUCAUGUUAAAUUAUUUCACGAAUCUGUUUCUUUAAACGCAGGAUCAGAAUGGUGCAGCAAGAAACUUUUAUCGGCAACAAGCUAACAAGCUUGGGAAAUUGUCGAGCAUUUGUGCGGUAUUUCCCAAUCCCCACCCCCCACCUCUUUAUUGGCUCAUAUAUAUAAGUUCUAAGUUCCAAGUUCUAAUACUUGCAAUUUUUCUUCCU